AUGGCGAGGUUUCUGCUGCGCCAGUCGGCGCAGCUCGCGCGAGCUGCCAGAAUCACGCAGCGAUCGACUCUUCGAAUGCGAUUUCAGCCGUCCUCCAAUAUAGCUCGACUGCGUCCCCAAGCGCCUCUGGCCGCCUACCGAUCGCAAUUCUAUUCGACGUCGAACAAGCCAGAACCUCCGAAGGACGACAAGAAGGAAGAGAAGGACGAGAAGAGUCCAGAGAAGAAUGAGGAGGAGGAGAAGAAGCCAAACGAAGAGACGGACACGGAGAAGCUGCGUGCCGCCGAGGAGGACCUCAUACGGAAAGAAUGGCCGCUGCCCGAAAACUGGGUGUACCUCACCGAGGAGGAGCUCGGCAUUCUGCUCAAGAUGGCCGAGAAUGACAGGCUGCCCCAGUUUCAGAAAGACUUCUUCAUCAAGAGCGUCGAGGAGAUGAGGCUAUUGGGAGCCCCCCAAGAGAUGAGGGAGCUUCUGAUUUCAUUGAAAGAGCGUAAGUUGAAGCUGUCCGUGGCCGACAUUACCAAGGUCCUUCGCGUCUCAACGAAGGUCGCAAAGAGAUUUUCGGAAUACGAGGCGACAGUAAUGAUGCGCGAAGAAGAACAGGAGAUGAACAAGAGGGAGAAAAGAGGAGACGAGGAAGGACAGGGAAAGCAGAGAGACGAGCAGCGGAAUCAGAACUCUGAGCAGGGUGAAGGUAGCCCUGGUGGGCCCGGCAAAAACAAGUGGCUCUUCGGCAUGUUCAGCACCGGCGACUUGAUUGUUGCCGCCCUCGUCUGGGCGGUGAUAUUGCCGUUCUUCGAGUCUAUAUUUUUCGGCUCUGAGAAGGAGAUCACAUGGCAGGAGCUGCGCAGGAAUUUCCUCGACAAGGGUCUCGUCAACAAGCUCGUGGUCAUCAAGACUACCGGCCGCGUUCGCGUUGAGCUCAACCGCGAGGGAGUGCAGUCGGUAUACGGCGGUAACGAAGGCAUCAACCCCAGCGUACAGUACUACUUCUCCAUCGGCUCAGUUGAGAUGUUCGAGAAGCAGCUUGAGGACGCCCAGAGAGAGCUCGGCAUUCCGCCUGCGGAGCGCAUUCCAGUGAGCUAUGCUAGUGAGGGCGGCAUCAUGCCUCUGGUCUACGCUUUUGGCCCAACCCUGCUCCUUGUUGGUCUCUUGUACUACACCACCAAGCAGAUGGGCCGUGGAGGCAAUCAGAUGUUUGGUAUCGGUAAGAGCAAGGCUAAGCGGUUCAACCAUGAGACGGCGAUCAAAGUAAAGUUUGCCGAUGUCGCCGGCAUGGAUGAGGCCAAGGUCGAGAUCAUGGAGUUCGUCAGCUUCCUCAAGACGCCCGAGCGAUUCGAGAGGUUGGGCGCCAAGAUCCCCCGCGGUGCUAUUCUUGCCGGACCCCCGGGUACUGGUAAGACGCUGCUCGCCAAGGCCACGGCCGGCGAGUCGGGCGUUCCUUUCUUCAGCGUCAGCGGUUCCGAGUUCGUUGAGAUGUUUGUCGGUGUCGGUCCUUCCAGAGUGCGCGACCUCUUCGCCACGGCUCGUAAGAACGCGCCCUGCAUCAUCUUCAUUGACGAAAUCGACGCCAUUGGUCGUGCUAGACAGGAGGGCAACCGCAUGGGUGGCAAUGACGAACGCGAGGCUACGCUCAACCAGAUCCUUACCGAGAUGGAUGGCUUCAACACUCAGGAGCAGGUUGUCGUUCUCGCAGGCACCAACCGAGCCGACAUCCUCGACAAGGCUCUGAUGCGUCCUGGCCGUUUCGACAGGCACAUCUUCAUCGACCGCCCGACGAUGAAGGGCCGUCAGGACAUCUUCAAGGUGCACCUUAGCAAGAUCGUCACCAAGGAGGACAUGGAGCACCUGACUGGUCGUCUGGCAACACUCACUCCUGGUUUCUCUGGUGCCGACAUCGCCAACGCCGUCAACGAAGCCGCCCUGGUUGCUGCCCGUGCCAACGCCGAGACUGUCGAGAUGAUUCACUUUGAGCAGGCCAUUGAGCGUGUUAUCGGAGGUCUCGAGCGCAAAUCUCUCGUCCUCAACCCUAAGGAGAAGAAGACCGUUGCCUACCACGAGGCCGGCCACGCCAUCUGCGGCUGGUACUUCGAGCACGCCGAUCCCCUCCUCAAGGUGUCCAUCAUCCCCCGUGGACAGGGUGCGCUGGGUUAUGCACAGUACUUGCCUGCUGGCGAUGCGUACCUGAUGACUGUGCAGCAGCUGAUGGACCGCAUGGCCAUGACGCUGGGUGGUCGUAUCUCUGAGGAGCUGCACUUCCCCACCGUCACAACAGGUGCCAGCGAUGACUUCCGCAAGGUCACCCAGAUGGCCCGCAAGAUGGUAACCCAGUGGGGUAUGUCUGAGAAGGUCGGUCCUCUUCACUUCGACGACGACCCGAACACCCUCCAGAAGCCCUUCGCCGAGGCAACCGCGCAGGCCAUCGACGCCGAGGUGCACAGAAUCGUGGAGGAGGCCUACAAGCAGUGCCGCGAUCUGUUGCAGGCGAAGAAGCACGAGGUCGGCCUCGUUGCGGAGGAGCUUCUGAAGAAGGAGAUGCUCACCCGUGACGACUUGGUCCGUAUUCUCGGACCAAGACCGUUCGGCGACAACCAGGAGUUUGAGAAGUACUUUGGCGGCCAGGGCCAGAAGAGCGCGCCGCCGCCGCCACCAACGGAGGAGGCCGACAGCCCUCCCGAGAACCCUCCCGUCCCCCCUGCGCCCGCUUUCAAGAGUCUGGAUGCCCAGGAUAGCUCAAGGAGAUGA